AUUAAUUAGGCCAUAAAGACAGUGGCAAGACGCAGCUUAGGUUUGCUUGGAGGUUGAGUCCCCUGGGGGAGGCUUGGAGGGCUCCUGGGCUGGGACCACCACCACCAGCAGUUGUCCUGCUCAGUCCUGAGGGCAGUUGUUCUUCUAAAAGCUGCUGGGUGCAGAUGUACUCACCUGACUCAUGUGCACGCUUGUCUGCUGAUCCCAGCAUUCCCCGGAGACAGCUGGCAAGAGGAAAUGGGCAAGCUGGCCAUCAGUGGACACUGAACUUGUAUGCUGAAGGAGGCCAGACUCCCAGCCCUCUCCUCAUCACAUAGCUGAGUUUGCAGUAGCAGUGCUUCAGAAACUCACCUUGUGUUGUCCUAGGACACCUAGCAGCAGAGUUGUCUGUUCCUGUGUCCCUGUGACAAUGGCCAUGGGCUAGGGCGUUGGAUGGUAGGAGUGUCCUAUCCCCUGUUCCAGGUGGAGCAGAUCUCCUUGUGCCUCUGUACACUCAAGCCUCAAUUUCCCUACCUCAUAACCCUGGAAGAUGCGCUGCUGGAAGCGGUCCACAUAGAGAACUGGCCAGGGAAUUGUUAAUGCCAUCCUUAAUAACAUCUAGAAGAAAAUCAUUUGUGUGCGUGAAGGGGAAGGUGUACAGUGGCUCCUUGCAAGUAUUCUAUAUAGCUGCCUGAAAAGAAUAAGGAUGGUUGCUCAGAUGCUAACACCAAAAAACACAGUCUGUGAGGAUAUUCCUGUGCACAGAUGCGUCCAUUCAACCAUUGUCUUACAAUGCAGAUUCAGUAGUCACCCCGAGAAUCACUGAUGCUGUUUUGUACCAGAGGCAUUGCUGAAGUCCCGUGUGCAGCAAUGGACUUGGAUAAGCCAUCCGUCUGGGGAUCCCUGAAGCAGAGAACGAGGCCGUUCCUGCAAAACUUAAGCACGAGGAAGACGAAGAAGAGAUCCAGCAAGAUGGUGGUGAGCAAGGUCCGCUCGCUGGACCGACGCCUCAGUGUGUCAGUGCCUGACAUGCUGGAGGUGGAGACUAUCACAGAAGAAGAAACGACGUAUUCGAGCACUCAGGUCCUGUCAGGAGACUCCCCCAGCAACCUCCCCAGGCCUGUGGUGUCUCUGAAAAGCAGAAACGCAUCGGUGAGGCCAGCGGGAGGGAACUGGCCAUGGCCAAGGCAGUCGACUGCAUGCACGGAGGGGGAUGUGGCCUGCUUGGAUGCACGUGUGGCAGGAGGCCCCACACCUGAGGGGAAACGGCCGUCCAGUGACGACCUCCUUGAGCUGCUGCAGAGAGCCCGACUGAGCAAUGACCUGGCAGACGAGAUGAUGGAGGACUCUUGUGGAGGAAUAGAUUUAGACUCUUCUAUAUCGUCUCAAUUUUUCGAUGAUCAGAUGGCUGUAGAAGAAGGAAGUGAUUGUUUGAAUGACUUGCCUAGCCCCUUUGCUUACCUCCUGACCAUUCACCUGAAAGAAGGCCGGAACCUGGUUAUCAGAGAUCGUUGUGGUACAAGUGACCCAUAUGUGAAAUUUAAAUUAAAUGGGAAAACUCUAUACAAAAGUAAGGUAGUCUACAAGAACCUAAACCCAGUUUGGGAUGAGACUGUAGUGCUGCCUGUACAGACCCUUGAUCAAAAACUCUGGAUCAAGGUGUAUGAUCGAGACUUAACAUCUUCUGACUUCAUGGGUUCGGCAUUCGUAGCACUCACUGAACUUGAACUCAAUAGAACUACUGAACAGGUUUUAAAAUUGGAAGAUCCCAACAGUUUAGAAGAUGACAUGGGAGUGAUUGUAUUAAACUUGAGUCUAGCAGUAAAGCAAGGAGACUUCAAGAGAAAUAAUAGAUGGUCAAAUCGGAAGAAACGAUCUUUGUCCAAGUCGAGUUUCAUGAGGAGUAUGCGACUCUCUGACUCUUUGCGGAAGAACCAGUUGUGGAAUGGGCUGGUCACCAUCACACUCUUGGAAGGGAAGAACAUCCCCGGUGGGGGCUUGGCAGAGGUUUUUAUUCUCCUGAAACUGGGAGAUCAAAGAUAUAAGAGUAAGACACUGUGUAAGAGUGCAAAUCCUCAGUGGAGGGAACAGUUUGAUUUUCACUACUUCUCUGACAGGAAGGAUAUGUUGGACAUUGAGGUCUGGAGAAAGGAUAACAAAAAGCAUGAGGAGCUUUUGGGAACGUGCAAAGUUGAUAUUACUGCCCUGCCAAUAAAGCAGACCAAUUGCUUAGAGCUGCCUCUGGAAAAACAUCCGGGGUCCCUGCUAAUGCUGAUUGCUGUUGCCCCAUGCACGGGAGUGUCCAUCUCUGAUCUCUGUGUCUGCCCUUUGGAAGACCCCAGUGAAAGAAAACAGAUUUCACAGCGUUAUUGUAUAAAGAACUCCUUUCGGGACAUAAAGGAUGUUGGCUUCUUACAAGUUAAAGUGUUAAAGGCAGUUGACCUGUUGGCAGCAGAUUUUGCAGGUAAAAGUGAUCCUUUCUGUGUAUUGGAGCUGGGAAAUGACAGUCUUCAAACGCACACUGUUUACAAGAACCUCAACCCAGAGUGGAACAAAGUUUUCACAUUCCCUAUUAAAGAUAUUCAUGAUGUUCUGGAAGUGACAGUAUUUGAUGAAGAUGGAGAUAAACCCCCUGAUUUUCUUGGAAAAGUUGCCAUCCCUUUGCUGUCUAUCAGAAACGGUAAACAAAGUUGUUACACGCUGAAGAAUAAAGACUUGGAACGUGCUUCAAAAGGAGUAAUUUACUUGGAGCUGGAUGUCCUAUUUAAUCCUGUAAAAGCAAGUAUUAGAACAUUCAAGCCCCGAGAAAAGCGUUUCACUGAAGAGAACUGCAAAUUUUCUAAGAAGAUCUUAUCGAGAAAUGUUGAUCGUGUGAAAAAAAUCACUAUGGCAAUAUGGAAUACAAUACAAUUCCUUCAGAGCUGCUUUCUCUGGGAGUCCACAGUAAAGAGCAUGAUAGCAUUUGUGGUAUUUGUGGUCACCGUGUGGAGCGUGGAACUGUACAUGGUGCCCCUGGCUCUGCUUGUGCUCUUUGCAUACAACUUCUCCCUCGUCAGAACAGGGAAGGUCAACACCACCCAAGAUGCCCAGGAUCUUAUGGGCUUGGAUGAAGAUGACGAUGAGGAUGAUAAGGAAUCUGAAAAAAAAGGAUUAAUUGAAAGAAUCCAAAUGGUUCAAAAGGUCAUCAUAGCUGUUCAAAGCAUCCUAGAAGAAAUUGCAUCAUUUGGAGAGAGGAUUAAAAACACGUUCAACUGGACGGUACCUUUCCUCUCUGUUCUGGCCUGCUUGGUCCUUGCAGCAGCAACGGUUAUUUUGUACUUUAUACCACUGAGGUACAUUAUUUUAAUCUGGGGCAUAAAUAAAUUUACUAAGAAGCUUAGAAAUCCCUAUGCCAUCGAUAAUAAUGAGCUACUAGAUUUCCUCUCCAGGGUACCAUCUGAUGUUCAAAAGGUGCAGCAUGCUGAAUUGAAACCAUACAGCAGCUCCAGUCCCAUUAGGAAGAAACGAAGUGCGCUAUAGGAUGCAGUGAGAUUUUGGAAUGCGGCAUCUCCCUCCGUACCCCCCACAUGUGCUCACGCGCUUCCUCCCUUCUCCUCCUCUUGGUUCGGAGCAACACUAUAAUCACUGCACAGACUUUUUUUUCAUGGAAGACAUGGCUUUUGAUAAACACCUAUCUUGAGUUGUCUUUAUGGGCUGCCUUUUAGGCACUGAGAUGUAGCCCCAAAAGUGCAGGAUGGAACAUAUGAAUUAGUUCAUAGUUAGUUCAUAGGAUGGGGAAGAGUAUGGGAGGGAAUAUUGCCACUGCGUUCCUUUUUUUUUUUUUUUUUUUUUGUCUUUGAUUGCAGAGGCAAAGCUGGAUGUGGUAGCACUCCCUGUUUUAUGUAGAAAGAAAUAAUUCUGCUUAGUGUUGCAGAUCAGCUGAGCUGAUGUGAGGAGAUGCUCUGAACCAGUGUUUAACAUAUCCAACAGAUUUACAUUAAGAUAUGAAAGCUAUUCUUUUCUGAGUUAAAUCACUGUGCCUAGAAAGGUUUAAGCUCUGAAUUAACAAGCCUUUGAUACCCAUCUUCUGUUCAAGCAGUGUACAUUUUUAAAAAGUUUUUUAUCAUAAUUAGCAGAAAGAGUGAAGAGCUCCAGUAGUAUCUCAAUAUUUCAUUCGGCACUUGUGGGAUUUUCCUUUUUUUUUUUUUUUUUCCUUUUCUAUUUUUUUUUUUCCUCCAAGAAGAGAAGUCAACCCUAAGCUUAACUGUUUGGACACUGGAUUCAUCGGAGAUCCAUUGCUGGCAAUGGAUGCAUGAUAACCUUCUGCUGUGAAAGGAUUAAAAGACCUCAGAAAAUCCUAACUCACUGACCUGAAAAGACUCUGUUGACUUGCCUUUUAUAAUUCCAUCUCAUCAGAUAUUUUCAGCAUAGCUCUUGUUUUUCUGUCUAAAUCCAGAGGGGUCAACACUACAGAUACAAGAGAAAAACACUUUUAUAGCCUUAAAGAAGCAAGUGCUUGUGCAGAAAAAGUGCAUGGUGCCCGAAGACGUGGUUGUGCAAUAGUGGGCAGGCUUUGUUCCACCACUGAUUCUUGUUUGAGUCCUUCCUGGUAAUUCACAAGGAAUGGAUCAGAAAGUGAAACUCUAUGGGAAAUGAACAAUGAAGAGACAGGAAAAAGGACAGAGUUUUCUCUUCCGGGGAGAAUGAUUUAUUGCUUACUGAUCUUUUAGCUCUUGUGUUUUUGCUUUAUAGAAAUGACAUAAUCAGCAUUAUUCAUAUUGUUUGACUGAGGACACUGAUGCGGAAUGAUGUGUAAACCUGCUCAGUUUUAUUGAGAAUGUAGCCCUUGGUCUUUCAGGUGCUGUAGGACAUGGUGGGAUUGACUUGCCUCCACGAGUCAUUGGUAGCACGAGAGCUGGAGCUUGGUUCCCAGGAAGGUGUUUACACCAGCAUCCACUGGCAUGGUUCAUAGUACAAAGAUAUAGGGAAUCCUGGGCGACAGGUUACAUUUUAACAAAGUAAGACUUUGGAAGUCUUUACUAAUUAAAGGUAAAACGGGUAAAGCCUUGUUUAUGGAUUGGUGAUCCAAAUGGAGUCAUGCUGUUCAAUAAUGUAAUCUUGUGGGCCUGUUGCAUGAAUCUGGAGGAGAACUAACACCAGAUUAUCUUCCACUGGAUUAUUAACCAGAUUCAGUGAGUUUUAAAAAAGUUUAUUUUUCAAAGUAACGAGUCCCCACUGACAGGCAUGGGACAUCAAACACUUCUCUAGGAAGCCUGUUCCAGUGUUUGACUAACCUCAUGGUAAAGAAAAUUUUUCUAAUAUCCAGUCUGAACUAUCCCUGGUGCAGAUUUUUGCCGUUCCUGCUCGUCCUAUCAUUGGCUCUCAAGGAGAAGAGAUUGGUGCCUCCCUUUGAUAAAGAACAUGUUUUGAUCAUGUAAAGCUGUGUGCAGCUGCAUGUGAAAAGAUAGGGAAAAGAUUAUCCCAAUUUAAAAUGCUACAAAAACGCCUCUUUGUGUGCGCGUGUGCUUGUGUACCCAUGCAUGUACAUAGUUGUAUAUAAAGAAGCGUACAUGUAUAAUGUAUUUAUAGGUGAGUGUGUGGGGAAAACUGGGUGAAUAUACAGAUUUUAAAACCUUGAAAAUGUUUAUGAAAAAUGCCAAAGAUUCAAAAGCUUAUCUUGCAUCUGUUCUUCUUCAUUUUAUUUCUUUCCCGGCAUGUCUCUCUGGCUGAGCCAGAUCUCUGCAUGAUUUGAUUUACUUCAAGUUAAUGAAGUCAGUUGGAAAGAGCCUUGUAGAAAUUAUAAAAUCUCCAGUAAAUCUCCUUCUUGAACAUACAAUAGAUGUCCACGGAUCCCUUUGGUUAAACCAGUUUCUCAGUCUUCUGUAUAAACAAUGCCUCAUUGUCUCGCUUUAGACUAUCAUCCAGUUUAUCAUCCUGUAGUCUUUGUUAUUUUGUAAGUACCAAAGUCAGACAUAUUUAAGCAGGCAUGUGAGAUCUGAUCAUUGAUUUGAGUGAAAACAUUCAACUGCGGAAAUGUUGUUUAUUUAUUCAGAAGUUAAGACUGAUAUUUUAAGUGUUAUUUUUUUCUAUUGAUUUUUCCACAUUGAACUGAUUUCUGUUCAGAAGACAGGGUGAAGUCCUUUUAUUUUUUGUUGUUUUUUAAUGUAGAUAUGUGUGUUUCAGAAUAAUUUGUAUGAAUUUUUAUGCUGGAGACACACCAAAUGAAGGGUUUUGGAUGGUCCAGUAGUUAUGUAUGUUGUAAUGAGCUCUUUGUUUUGAUAAAUGCUGUUUGAAAUGCAAUAAAAUUUUGAGGUUAAGCUGAUGCUUUUAAUUUAUCUGGAUUAGGA